CGUCACAGGGCAGCUCCAUUGUGACGUCAUGCUCAGAGCUGCCAGCCGACACUUCCAGAAGAAGCGUUCUCUCUUUUCAGGAGCGCAUCUUUACGAUAAUCACAGCACAAACAGCUUUCAGUGAUUAUACGAGAGAAGAGAAGAAGAGGGAAACGCCGUGAAGAGAGGCAGAAAACACCGAAAGACAAAGCAGUCAAAAGCAGGAGAUGAAGCAGGAGCGAGAGCUGAGCCCCCCACCCUGUCCCCCAGCCUGCGGGUGGAACUGUGUCCCCAAAAUGUCCCUGUUCCGUACAAAGGGCAGGAAGCAGGAGAGGCAGAAAGAGGAGGAGCAGCUCCAGCAGCUUCAGACAGAAAGGAGAGAAAUGGAGCUGACUAAUAAAGAAACAAGCCAGAAGAGAAAGACGGAGAGGCAGAGGAAGCAUCAUGUCCUCAUGUCCUGCACAGUGCAAGAUAUCUGCUGGCGUAAUUAACUGCAUGGACAGGAGAGGCAGCAGAGUCAUGAAACGUGGCCAAACGAAGAGAGAGAGAGAGAGAGAGAGAGAGAGAGGACGAGAGAAAGAAGCUGGAGCUUGGACGCUGUGUGUACCACCUUAUAUCCAGUCAUACUCACCAGUCUCCCUAUGAAGUUCAGUUUAUGAUGUUCCGAGCAUUGAGUUGGUGACGACAAACUGUGGACAAUGCUGAAUGUCAAACUGUACUGACAAAUACUGUGGAUCACUCCACACUGUCUCCUCGUCUUCCUCCUGUGUCCUGACCGAUGCACCCUCUUGUUUACUGCAAACCCCUAAAUGAGUUAGCCCUACCUACUUAGCUCCUCCACAACAAAUUGGUCCUUCGAACCGGAUACAGUAUUCAAGAUGGAAUGUGAUGAGGAGACGUACCCUGCUGUGAGGCCUAAACGGCAACCUACACGCCAACCUACCCGAUUACAAGACUUCGAAGUGGACUAUGGGGGAUACAGUGAAAGAAACCAGAUACAGAGGGGCCCACCUACUCUCACCACUGAGAGAGAGGUGUUGCCAGCAUGGGAGGGUCUAGAGUCAGUUACACCCUUCCACAUAGCUCGGCCUCACCAUAGUAGCCGAUAAGGGGCAGCGCGACAUGAGAUCCCUCAGCUUGCCUCAAGCCCACCUCCACAGAGAGAUCUGGAAGGUAAAGGUCUAUCUGAGCCUUCCCCUCCGUACCUUGUGAGUAGGGACCUUGGUGCCUGUGAGGAGAUCAGGGCUAUCCAGGAGGAUAAUAUUCGGCUUCUCCCGUCACAACAGGCCCUUCAGGCCGGCAUAAAGGAACUUAAUGAGGCACGAAGUGAAAUUAAAGAGCUGAUUGCUGUGGCCCGCUCACUCCGAGUAGAACUGAGUCAAUGUAACAAUCCAGUCCCAGCUUAUAGUAGCUACAAGCCCCCACAAGUUCAUACUGUAGUUCCAGAGAGCUUCACUGGUAAAGUAGAACCGAAGAAGGGGGAAGAGGAUUGGCUUGAUCCUCCAACAUGGCCUGAACCUGAGGAAAACCUUGACAAGGGCAUGUGCAACCUCAAGCUUGACAAAGUAUUAACUGAUAGCCAAGUCUGCUCUCCCGCUGACGAUUCUGUGCCACUGCCCUGGUGGCUCCCAACAGUGAAACAACAGUAUUCCCUGGGCCCAGCUAUCACCCCUAACCAGGAAACCUCACCUCAUACCCAGGUACCCACCUCUCAGCCACCUUUACGCCUAGCCUCAGUCCAAGCAAGAAUAAUACACCGCACACUGGACCCAACCAACCAUCCGACAGCAGCCAGUGGGAUGACACCUGGUGUGCAGCCCCCUAACCAUCCUAUGCUUUCCCUUGCACCUGAACGAGUGUAUAGAGACCCCCAACCUACUAUUCCAAAGCUUAUUCAUCCUGAUCCCAGUGAAUUCCCAGUGAAUUCGACUCCGCAUAGCUCUAGGAAACCUGCUCCCAUUUGACACUAUGGAGCUCUUUAAGUAUCAGAUACUUGUGGACCAUUUGAAGCUGGAUGAAGCUAAACUUAUAGUUGAUGCAUAUCUAAAUUCACCAGCUCCCUACACUGAUACUAUGACUGCCCUACACAGUAAGUUCGGUCAGCCUCACCAGCUAGCCUUGCAGAAAAUAGCAGCUGUGUUAGAAGCUCCAGAAAUCAAGCAUGGGGAUAUCGGGGCAUUUCAGAGGUUCUCCCUCCAGAUCCAGUCACUAGUGGGCCUGUUGCAGACCUUGGGCCCUGAAGGGGAAAUUGAGUUAAACUGUGGAUCGCAUGUGGCACGACUCUUGAGUAAGCUUCGAGCCGAACAGCGAGCUGAGUUUCGCCGCCAACGGUCUAAGCAGCAUGGGGCUACUCACAACCUAUAUGAUCUGUCAGAAUGGCUCCACUAUGAGUCAUGGUGUCAGAGCUUUGACAGCCCAGCCAUUGGGAGAUCCAGUAAGAAAAGGCAGAACCCAAGGAUGGACAGUCGCCCCGGAAGACAGACAGUGACCUUCCUGCAUGGUGCUGGAGAACCCUCAGAGACCACCCUCCAGCCAUGAAAGGAAUGUUCCAUGAAGGGGAAGGCCAAGAGUAAAGCCUACUGUGCUUACUGCGAGAGCACUGAGCACUACUUUAGUCAGUGCAGUGGGGUCACCAAACUCUCCAAAGACCAGCUUAAAGAAUGGAUCCAAGCUAAUAAACGCUGCUGGCACUGCAUGCAUCUCCUGGCCCUUCAUGGGCUAAAUACUAGGACUGGGGAGAGUCACGUUGAUGUGACAGCCAAGGAAGAGAGCUGCUUGACCAACUCCACCUCUGAAUCCUUCUACCUUGACCGACCUGAUGCUGGGAAUUGUGUCCUGCUGAAGGUUGUACCAGUGCUCAUACGCUAUGGGAGUUGGACCCUGGACACCUUCGCAAUCCUUGGCGAUGGGUCUGAGAGGUCUAUGCUGUUGCCACCUGCAGCUAAGUCCCUCGGUAUGAGAGGCACUCCUGAGGCCCUCCCCCUGCGUACAGUUCGUCAGGACAUUCAGGUGCUUCAUGGACACACUGUGUCCUUCCAUGUCUCGCCAGUGACCAGCCCUCAGACUAGCUAUGAGAUUAAGGGUGUCUUCACAGCAGGCUGCCUUAGCCUAGUCCAGAAUACUUACCCUAUCGAAUGCCUUCAAAGGAAAUUCAGACACCUACGAGGCCUCCCCAUAGCUGCUUUACGGGAUGCUAAGCCAUCACUCCUCAUCGGCUCCAAUCAGCCUCACCUUAUAACUCCUGUAGGAUCAGUCAGACUCGGCCCGCCUGGUGGACCAGCAGCAGUUCACACCCGGCUUGGGUGGACUCUUCAGGGACCCAUCCGUGACAUGGGGCAUUCAAUUCACCCUACCCAGUGUUUGCACAUCUCGUCUCCACCGCCCACAGAUGAUAUAUGCAGGCACAUUGAAAUGGCAAUUAGACGCCAUACCUCAGCAGCACAAUAGGGAGGUGACAAGGUCGAAGCAGGACCAGCAGGCUGUGGCGAUGCUCAAGGCCAAGACUAUCCGCAUCCAGGUAGGCGGUAUCCUGAGGUACGCUACACCACUGCUGCGUCAUGCCAACAUGCCACUACUGCACGCUCCAAGAGAAUCAGUCAUGCCUAUUCUGCGUAGCUCAGAGAGGCGUCUCCUGAAGGAGCCUACAUGGGCAGAGGCCUAUAAACAUGAGAUGCAGAAGCUCAUUGAGGCAGGUGCUGUGCGGGAGGUUACCCAGGAGACCACCCUCAGAGAGGAGUGGUACAUACCCCAUCAUCUUGACAGCCACAACCGGAAAGAUUGCCUUGUUUUCAAUUGCUCUCACCAAUACUUAGGCCAGACCCUGAAUCAGUAUCUUCUGCCUGGUCCUACCCUAUGUGCUUCUCUGAUGGGAGUCCUGGUGAGAUUCCGUCAGUAUCCCAUUGCAGUUAGUGGAGACAUUAAAGGGAUGUUCCAUCAGGUACACCUCCUUCCUGAGGACCGUCCCCUGCUAAGGUUCCUGUGGCGUAACCUGAAAGUAGAUGAACCCCCAAGGACCUUUGAGUGGCAAGUCCUCCCGUUCGGCACAACCUGCAGUCCCUGCUGUGCUACAUAUGUGCUACAGCAUCAUGUGGCCACCCACAGUCAGCCUGGCGAAACCCUGCAGUUCAUUGUGAAUAACUGCUUUUACAUGGAUAACUGCCUGCAGAGUGUGCGGACGCCCGGUGAAGCUAAGCUCAUGGUGGAUCGACUCAGGGACCUGAUGGCCUCUGCUGGCUUUGAGUUGCGUCAGUGGGCCUGUAAUGACCCUAACGUCCUGAGCCACCUGCCACAAGAAGCCAGAUCUGAAAGCCUGGACCUGUGGCUGGCGCAAGAUAAGUGCAACCCCCUGGAAUCGAACUUUGGCCUCAACUGGAAUUGGGAAGCUGACUCCCUUGGUUACAAACACAGACCAGUGAGAUAUGAGGCAACCACCCUGAGGAACAUUUAUCGAGUCUUAGCUACUCAAUAUGAUCCUUUAGGUUACCUACUCCCUUUCUCUACUUGAGCGAAGCUCAUCAUUAGGCAGCUAUAGGAUAAACAGAGAGGCUGAGAUGACCCCAGUCUACCUGCUGAGCUACUGCAGGCCUGGUCCACCUGGGAGGAUGAGCUCAGGUCCCUACCCUUUAAUACUCAGCUAGCCCGUGUUCUGGAGAGAGAGCUCACCUUGAAGGUGGCCCAGACAGAGCUAUGGUCGGACUCCACUACUGUGUUAACGUGGUUGCAUUCCCAGUCCUGCCGAUAUAAGGUCUUUGUGGGAACCAGAGUAGCGGAGAUACAGGAACUCACGGAGAAUUGCCCCUGGCACUACGUAGACUCCGCUAACAACCCCGCUGAUGAUUUAGCUAGAGGAAAGACCUUGGAAGCCCUCAUAAAGCCGAACCGAUGGUCACAGGGGCCUCCCUUCCUCCUCCAGAACCCGGAUACCUGGCCAGAGAGACCAAGCACCGAACCCUGUGAACCCAAAGUGGAGCUUUGGGAGGCUGCCUUCUGUGGAGUGGUUGGAACCUCAUCUGUAUCAGUCCGGCUGACAAAGUGUACACUACCUGGCAGGUGCUCUUGUAUUCCACUGUCCAGGACCUCCAAGGACAAACCCCGUCCAGUUCUCUGACUACUGCUGGUCUGUACCGUCUAGCAGAAAGGAUUGUUCUACAGCGAGCCCAACAACAGUCAUUCCCAGAAGAAUAUGAGCUCCUGGCAACGGAUAAACCCAUCACCUUGAGGAGUCGCUUACUCACCCUAGCACCUGUUAUGGAUGAGUCCAUGAACUUAAUAAGGGUAGGAGGUCGACUCAGACGCCUGGAGGGUCUGGACAGCUCAACAUUACAUCCUGUUGUCCUAGAUGCUUCACACCCAAUCACACGUCUGUUCAUCCAGAAGUAUGACAAUGACCUGCAUCAUCCUGGUCCAGAGCGUGUUUUUGCAGAAUUACGGAGAAUGUACUGGAUUAUUCGUGGACGGGAGGCGAUUCAUAAAUACAAAAGAGCUUGUCCCGAAUGCCAGCGCUGGAGAGCUCAACCGUCCAUCCCUAAAAUGGCUGAUCUUCCUACUGCCCGUCUACGACUAUACAAGCCAGCUUUCUACUCCACUGGCAUGGAUUGCUUCGAACCUAUGCUUGUUAAGGUGGGCCGACGACAUGAGAAACGUUGGGGAAUUAUCUUUAAGUGUCUGACCACCAGGGCAGUACACCUGGAUAUUCUCCAAAGUAUGGAUGCUGAUGCUUAUGCUUAUGCUGAUGGCCCUAAGACGGUUCGUUGCCAGGAGAGGAACCCCUGCGGAGUUGUGGUCGGACCAAGGGACUAAUUUUAGAGGAGGGGAACGCAAGCUCAGAGAUGCCUUCAUCAGCAUGGUGCCAGCCCCCAGCCUGCCCAUGAAGAAGUCCUCCUAACAGUCCUACUGGAAGUUCAGGCCAUUCUCAAUUCAAAACCCCUGGGCUACGUAUCUGCCGAUAUCGCAGAUAAUGACCCCAUUACUCCAAGCGGCCCGAUGGAUCGCUCCCACAAGUGGUCUACCCAGAGACAGAGAUCCUAAGCUGCAGGCAUUGGCGGCACUCACAGGUUCUCGCUGAUCAAUUCUGGUGCAGAUUUAUCCGGGAAUAUCUUCCUUGUUUCCAGUCUAGACAGAAAUGGCACUAUUCCCCACCGAGCUCCAAAAUCAGGCAGUUGUCAUGCUGAUGGACCCGCAGCUACCUUGGGCCCUGUGGCCAAUUGGGCGUGUGGUCAUGGUACACUGCAGUGAUGAUGGAUACAUCCGUUCAGCUGAUGUGAGCAUUAAAGGACAGGUCUACACCCUGCCAGUGGCUCGGCUAGUAAUGCUACCAGCUCUCCCGUCUGAGAAAGAUGAUUCCUCCUAAAGCUAAGGCACCUCUUGACUGGUGAGCCUUUGAUUGGAGCAAACGUGCCUUGCACAUUUGGGGGUGACUGUAGCAAAGGCUUCGGUGUUUCAAUAGUGGGUGCCUAUCUUUUUAACGCUCGUGCAGCAGAGUCACGAAAGAAACGUGGCCAAACGAAGAGAGAGAGAGAGAGAGGACGAGAGAAAGAAGCGGGAGCUCGGACGCUGUGUGUACCACCUUAUAUCCAGUCAUACUCGCGAGUCUUCCCUCUGCCUCCCUAUGAAGUUCAGUUCAUGAUGUUCCGAGCAUUGAGUUGGUGACGACAAGUUGUCACAGUUGUCCAAAGCCUUGGAGGACUGUGAGAUGGGAGAGGACAGGGUGCAGUUACUGGAGGGUCUGAUCUUGAAGGCAAGGCCUCGCACCAGCUCCCCCGGUAGAAUAAACCAGACCCCUGAGAACACAAAGUGACCAGCCUCCGACCGACUGCUGGUGAAUCGCCCCAAGCCUCAGAUACAGUACAGAAUAGAAUUUGGUGCCUGAAGCUCAAAUGAUGAUGAGCCCCAAUUUUCACAGCUGCCCAGCCAGAUUUCCAGUCUCCCGCUCUGAGACCCUCCUAGUUUCUGCUCGGAUGGUCUGCCCAGUCUCCAGCUCAGUCGGAAUCGCACAACCUGCACUGGCUCUCAUCAGCAACAGCACCAUCCUGCUUCCAUCUACUCAACAAUCCACACAUUUGCAGCUGAGUCAACAAUGCAUUGCCAUUCUCAUGUUCAACUUUCUCAGUGUUUACAGUCCUUCGUUUUUCUUUGUCCUUGCUGUUUUCAGAUGGAUUUUUCUCAACUGCCUGCCUACCAGAGAUCUGACCAGUGUCUGUGCCCAUGAUGAUGAGUACUGGCAGCCUCACUGAAGCUCCUCAUCACAUGUGGCCUGCCUACACCUCUCGUUUACAGAUGGCUCUGAUCCUAUACCAGUGUUGUAAUAACUCCUUGCACGCCACUCACAAUAAACUUCAUGCCCACUCCGAUGCAGCAAGACGCCUAGUGAAGAAGAAAGUGCUGGAUGUCUUCUGGCGUAAUGGAUUGCAAGGAGAGGAGAAGCAGGUCAGUGUCGAGCUUCUUCAAGGCCAAAGUUGAGACUACUGAACUUGGUCUGGGCCAGGACAAAUUAUGUUGUGAUGGGGACAAAGAACGUGAACCUGUAGAAGCGCAAGAGCCUAUUCUUCCAUCCCAAGAUGCCAAAAAUCGACAUCUUCAAAGCGAGAUCCAAAAAAGGAUCGAUAAUGCCAGGUCUCAUACUUCAGAUCAGGGCCGUUUGCAGAGUCGUCACACUGCUGAUAUGAGUGGAGCCAAAAGUGUGACUUGUGAAAGUGUGAAGCCUUGGAGACCUUCCAUUUUCACCAGAAUGUUCUCCUGCUUUAGGAAAUGGGCUGCCUCGUCGCUCUUUAAGUUUGUUUUUCUACCCCGUCAUCACCAUCUUCACCUCUUUUCAUGCUCCCACUAAAUCCUGCCAGAAAACAAAAUCACUUAUCACAGUUAAACACCCAGGUUUACUUCACCCUCUCACCAAAUGACCAGGUCCUGCAGACACUGUGUGUCGGUGCUCAGCGCAAAUCUGGUGUCUACCAGAGGAGGAUGGGUUCCCCUUUUGAGUCUUGGUUCCUUGCCACCGUCACCCUCAGCUUGCUCAUUUGGGGCUCAGACCCAGAUUUUCUCUGAAGCUGCUUUGUGACGCUCAUAAAAAGUGCUCUACAAAUAAAUUCUUGAAUCGAAUUAAAAGAUCUGUCAAAGUUUCCUCCGGCUGAAUAAAGACAGAAAUAAAAUUAUUUGGCAAUAAGGAGGAAACACUGAAGGUCAGUGAGCACUUCAGAGCUCCGAUGACUAAAGACCAAGUCAGAAACCUGGGUGUACUAACGAAUCCAAAUUAAGCCUUAAAUCCAGCCUGAAAAUUUAAUCCAAAUCUGAAUUUUGGCUAAAAAAGUGUUUAGCUGCACUAAACCAGCUCGCCUGCUGCUCGAAUCUGGAAUCAGCUGCCAGAAGAUCUCAGAUCUGCCCCUAAUCUGCCUCUUUAAACUCAGACACUUUUUAUCUUGUGCGUCUUUCACACUUUCUGCACUUCUUUUUAAUUCCUUUUAUUUUUGUCAUUUCCACCUUAUUUUAUUGGACUGUUUUUCUUUUGCUUUGUUUCUGUAAAGCACUUUGAUCUGCACUUCUGAAAAUAAACUUGUAAUAAAAA